ACAGCGUUGGCCGCACUGGAGAGCGCCCGACACGCGUUGGCCUUUGGCUCAGGUAUGGGCGCUAUCGUCACCGUCGGAAACCUAUUGUCGGCCGGCGAUUAUGUGCUCUCAUCCGACAGUAUAUACGGCUGUAGUCACCGGUAUUUCACCCAAUGUCUGCGCCCUCAGGGCUAUGACGUCCAGUUCGCCGACUUUACCGAUUUGGCGGCAGUGGCCGACAAACUGCGGCCCAACACACGGCUCGUGUGGGUGGAGGCCCUCUCCAACCCACGUAUGAAACUCGUGGACCUGAAAGCCCUGUGCGAACUCAGGGACCGAUUGGCCCCGAAGGCCAUUAUCGGUGUGGAUAACACUUUCAUGAGUCCACUGUGUUUUCGGCCGCUAGACUUCGGCGCCGAUCUGUCCUUACAUUCGGUCACCAAAUAUAUCAACGGCCAUUCAGACGUAACUAUGGGCGCAAUUAUGACCAAUCGGGAGGAUCUGUACACAAAACUGUCGGGACUCCAAAAUACCGUGGGAACCGUUAGCUCACCGUUUGACUGCUUUCUCGCCAAUCGGGGCCUCAAGACUCUGAGCCUCCGUAUGGCUGUCCACCAAAGCAACGGUUUAUCCGUCGCCCGAUUCCUAGAAUCACAUCCUAUGAUCACUCAAGUCCUGCAUCCGGGCCUCGAGUCUCACCCGCAGUACGAGUUGGCCCACAGACAGUGCCGGGGCUUUAGCGGAAUGAUAUUGUUCCGAUUGAAGGGAACGGCCGCUGAGGCGAAGGCAUUCCUCCUGAGCCUGAAAUACGUGCGAAACGCGUGUAGUUUGGGUGGAGUGGUGUCCAACAUAUGGGCGCUCCGGGAUCUGCCCGACAAUGCACUCAAGGCUUUGGGAGUUGACGAACAAAUGUUUCGCCUAUCGGUCGGCAUCGAAGACGUCGAGGAUCUGAUCCAAGACUUGGCCACAGCUCUCGAGUGCGCCCGACUGUCGCUCGACGCUUGGAUUUUAUUUUUAAGUUGUGAUGGAUUUAAACAAUAA